AUGGAUUAUUCGAAAUAUGAUAAAGCAGUUAGAAUUUUAUUCAGUUCCAACCAAAAUAAUGCUUCUCAAUUGCAAGAAGCUAACGAUUAUUUGCGUGAAAAUGAAUAUUCUCCACAAUCCUUUCAAUGGGCAAUAGAUAAACUUCAAACUACAACUGAAAAAACGAUAGUUAAGCAUGCAGAAAUCUUACUAACCCACUGGUGUGCAAAUGCAUGGGAACAAAUUCCAGCAGAUUUAAUUGACCAACUGAGACAAGCAUUAUUUCUUUCUAAAUUCAUGUCAAACAACGAUAUAGAUCAAUCCCUACUUAAUAUUAUAGGUACAAGCCAAGUUUCAUUCGUUUUAAAAAUGUAUCCACAAUAUUGGCCAUCAUUUUGGUCAGAUUUCCUAGAAGUUGCCGAUGGAAUGGUAUACGCGUUCCUCUUAGCACUAAAAGAUUACACAAAAGCAUUAAAUUUACGAGAUCAAUUACAAUAUCGUGAUUUCAAGAAUGCGAUGCGCCAGGAUGGAUCAGAUAAGCUACUUGCAGACUACAUAAUAUCAAGGCUACCAUCUUACGACAAGAAAUGCUUUGAAAUCUACAUUUAUUUAAUUUCUUGGAUAAAUUUCAAUUUUAUCUGGACAACAGAUUCCCUUGAAGUUCUCAACAACACUCUAUCAAGUCCAGAUACUAUUACAUACGGAAUUCGCUGUUUAUCAGCAUUAAUUGAAAGAGGAAUGCCAGAUGAAGAAAAAACAAGUUUAAUUCAAAGUUUACAGAGGGAAUAUAUCAAAUUUUACCACUGUCAGAAAAAUUUAGUAAAUUUUGCUAACAAAAAAUGGUAA